AUGCUAAUAAGUGGUGAAGCACUGUUGGGAGGACCAACUGCCAGACGGCAGUUCCAGUAUCUUCCAGAGGCACCUCUGUGUGACGAAGAAUGUCGAGGAGCCAUGUCACUGAUGACACAUUCAGCUGAUGAAAACACAGUAAAGAAGAAAAUGAAGCAAACUUUUGCUUAUCGGCAAAGCAUGGUCCUGGACUCACAGUUGUCAAGCAACGUACUGUCAUACCUUCCACGAUUCAAAGAUGUCACAGGAUUGAUCGAACAAGCUUUUGUUCUGAUGUUUGGUGAGGAUGUAUCUGGCAAGCUUCUGGAGAACUGGCCAACAAUGUUCAAGGAGAAGAUAAUCAAGCAGUGCAGAAAGCUUCCAUCUACCACAGACCUGGAUGACCUUCUGUUGGCUGCAGAUCCUCAGAAGGAUGACGCUGGUGGCGCUGAUUUUGGCUGGGAUAGUGACAUUUCUUCUAUUUUGCUGCUUCUGCAUCUUGUUCCACCCACUGCUCAAGGCCGUAAGAAACCAGGGAAGAUGUCAGCAUCUCGAGCAGAAAAACAUCUUGUGGUUUUCAAGAAGAGUGGCACAAGUAUUGAAGAACAUCUCAACACCAUCACUUCGAGCGCUCAGACUUACCUCCUCGCAGUUGGCACCCAAAGGAACAGGAUCAGCCAGUACUUCAUUAUCCUGGACAAGAAUGCCAUCCCUUGUAUGUCUAACUCUUCUUUAAGUGCUUUUGAUGAGUUGUUCAAGGCACAUUUUGUGUUUGGCACAUCAUACCACACCGUGUUGCACAACAUGUACACAUUCAUACAAACCACAGUUUACAAUAUUAAUGUUGGCAAGCUCUCCUACAGAGUCCACCCUCCCACCCAUCACUGA